CUCAGUUCAUACAUACAAACACAAUGCUCGGAAACCCACUCAAGACGCUCUUGAACAACACAGCAAGGUUUCUCAACCCCGCCUCAGCAUCGUCUUCUCGCGCUAUCUCAACCGCUGUGCACUUAGGCGACUUGACUCCCGCAAAGGGCUCGACAAAGACCGAUACACGUUACGGUAGAGGUCCUGGAAGUCAAAAGGGUGGUACAUCUGGACGAGGUCAUAAGGGUCAAAAAGCGAGGAAUGGCAAGGGCGUGAGAUUGGGUUUCGAGGGUGGUCAGACACCGUUGUACCGAAAGAUCCCCAAGAGAGGAUUUAUCAACUUCACGUCCAAGACCUACGCUCCCCUUUCCAUUGCUACUCUUCAAUCAUGGAUCGCACAGUCCCGCAUUUCGCCCGAUGAGCCUAUAACAAUCGGUACCAUUGUCCGAUCUAACGCUGUGCAUGGUCUCUCCAACCUGUCCGGCAUCAAACUCCUUGGCGAUGCCGAUCCUACCCUUCCUCUCCCCCCCUUAAAGCUCGAACUGUCAAGAUACUCCAAGAGCGCAGCUCAAACCAUCAUCAACGCUGGCGGUGAAGUGAAGGCUGUUUACCACAACAACCUGAGUCUAAGGAAAGAAUGGUACCCUGAGAAGUUUAUGGACAAGGAGAUUAAGAGUGCCAAGCCUACAAGGAAAAAUGAUAUCUUGUAUUACACUAACCCCGCUAAGUAUGGUUACCUCGCCGAGGAAGUCAAGACUCCUGCUCGAAAGAUGACUCCCCAAGAAUGGAGCGAAGUAAAGUCUGCGUAAACAUUUGUAGUGUAGACAAUUUUGCAUGUAUGCUCAGUAUCUCAU